GCUGUCUUUGUAUUUAUAAGUGUCUUCAGAUAUAGUCCUUUUGGGCUGAGUUGCAGGAGCUGAAUAGCUCAAAACAUCUCUGGCAUGGUGAUAACAGAAGGCAAUGAGAAGUUAGUUCCUGCUCAGGGUCAGAAUGAAUACCUGGAAGAGUGGUUCAAUGAUUCCAGUUCGGUCAUCAUCAAACUUUCUGAGACAAUUUCACUCAGUGACAGUGCAGGCAAUGCCACUGAUGGCUCAAAGUUUUUCCUGCCUCCACCAUGCUGCAUCAUCACAGAUCAAGGGUGGACUAUAUUCCUGUGUCUUUUGUUUUUCAUCAGUGCUAUUGUGAUUGCCACUGUGAAGUACCUCCGGAAAGUAACCAAAAUGAAUUGGUACCUCCAGAAACAUCAGGGCACCAUCAGGAGAUAUGCUGAAGGACCUGAAAUUGGAAAUUGGAAACUCUUCUGUGCCACUGCCCUUGAAUAA